GCCCUUUCCUGGCGGCUGGGUCUUUAACACCGCUCCUCGCACAUGUCGGGGGAGGCCCGGCAGCUGCAGCUGCGAGCGCACAGACGGCUGCCCCGCCAGAGCGAGGCGGGCGCCGCCGCGAUGCUGCGAGGCGGACGGCGCGGGCAGCUCGGCUGGCACUGCUGGGCUGCGGGGCCGAGCAGCCUGCUGGCUUGGCUGAUGUUGGCAUCUGCAGGCGCCGCACCCUGCCCCGAUGCCUGCUGCCCCCACGGUCCCUCGGGACUGCGAUGCACCCGGGAUGGGGCCCUGGAUAGCCUCCACCACCUGCCUGGCGCAGAGAACCUGACUGAGCUCUACAUCGAGAACCAGCAGCAUCUGCAGCAUCUGGAGCUCCGUGACCUGAGGGGCCUGGGGGAGCUGAGAAACCUCACCAUCGUGAAGAGUGGUCUCCGUUUCGUGGCGCCAGAUGCCUUCCAUUUCACUCCUCGGCUCAGUCGCCUGAAUCUCUCCUUCAACGCUCUGGAGUCUCUCUCCUGGAAAACCGUGCGGGGCCUCCCCUUACAGGAACUGGUCCUGUCCGGGAACCCUCUGCACUGUUCCUGUGCCCUGCGCUGGCUACAGCGCUGGGAGGAGGAGGGACUGGGCGGAGUGCGCGAACAGAAGCUGCAAUGUCAUGGGCUGGGGCCCCUGGCCCAUAUGCCCAAUGCCAGCUGUGGUGUGCCCACGUUGAAGGUCCAGGUGCCCAACGCCUCCGUGGAUGUGGGGGACGACGUGCCACUGCGGUGCCAGGUGGAGGGGCGGGGCCUGGAGCAGGCCGGCUGGAUCCUCACGGAGCUGGAGCAGUCAGCCACAGUGAUGAAAUCUGGGGGUCUGCCAUCCCUGGAGCUGACCCUGGCCAAUGUCACCCGUGACCUCAACAGGAAGAAUGUGACGUGCUGGGCAGAGAACGAUGUGGGCCGGGCAGAGGUCUCUGUUCAGGUCAACGUCUCCUUCCCGGCCAGCGUGGAGCUGCAGGACGCGGUGGAGAUGCACCACUGGUGCAUCCCCUUCUCGGUGGAUGGGCAGCCGGCACCGUCUCUGCGCUGGCUCUUCAACGGCUCGGUGCUCAACGAGACCAGCUUCAUCUUCACCGAGUUCCUGGAGCCGGCGGCCAAUGAGACCGUGCGGCACGGCUGCCUGCGCCUCAACCAGCCCACCCACGUCAACAACGGCAACUACACGCUGCUGGCCGCCAACCCCCUGGGCCAGGCCGCCGCCUCCAUCAUGGCCGCCUUCAUGGACAACCCUUUCGAGUUCAACCCCGAGGACCCCAUCCCUGACACUAACAGCACAUCUGGAGACCCGGUGGAGAAGAAGGACGAAACACCUUUUGGGGUCUCGGUGGCCGUGGGCCUGGCUGUCUUUGCCUGCCUCUUCCUUUCCACGCUGCUCCUUGUGCUCAACAAAUGCGGACGGAGAAACAAGUUUGGAAUCAACCGCCCGGCUGUGCUGGCUCCAGAGGACGGGCUGGCCAUGUCCCUGCAUUUCAUGACAUUGGGUGGCAGUUCCCUGUCCCCCACUGAGGGCAAAGGCUCUGGGCUCCAAGGCCACAUCAUCGAGAACCCACAAUACUUCAGUGAUGCCUGUGUUCAUCACAUCAAGCGCCGGGACAUCGUGCUCAAGUGGGAGCUGGGCGAGGGCGCCUUUGGGAAGGUCUUCCUUGCUGAGUGCCACAACCUCCUGCCUGAGCAGGACAAGAUGCUGGUGGCCGUCAAGGCACUGAAGGAGGUGUCGGAGAGCGCCCGGCAGGACUUCCAGCGCGAGGCCGAGCUGCUCACCAUGCUGCAGCACCAGCACAUUGUGCGCUUCUUCGGCGUCUGCACCGAGGGCCGCCCCCUGCUCAUGGUCUUUGAGUAUAUGCGGCAUGGGGACCUCAACCGCUUCCUCCGAUCCCAUGGGCCUGAUGCCAAGCUGCUGGCUGGCGGGGAGGAUGUGGCUCCAGGCCCCCUGGGUCUGGGGCAGCUGCUGGCCGUGGCUAGUCAGGUGGCUGCGGGGAUGGUGUACCUGGCGGGUCUGCACUUCGUACACCGGGACCUGGCCACGCGCAAUUGUCUGGUGGGCCAGGGACUGGUGGUCAAGAUUGGCGAUUUCGGCAUGAGCAGGGAUAUCUACAGCACCGACUAUUACCGUGUGGGAGGCCGCACCAUGCUGCCCAUCCGCUGGAUGCCGCCCGAGAGCAUCCUGUACCGCAAGUUCACCACCGAGAGCGACGUGUGGAGCUUUGGCGUGGUGCUCUGGGAGAUCUUCACCUAUGGCAAGCAGCCCUGGUACCAGCUCUCCAACACCGAGGCGAUCGAAUGCAUCACGCAGGGACGUGAGUUGGAGCGGCCACGGGCCUGCCCACCAGAGGUCUACGCCAUCAUGCGGGGCUGCUGGCAGCGGGAGCCCCAGCAACGCCACAGCAUCAAGGAUGUGCACGCCCGCCUGCAAGCCCUGGCCCAGGCACCUCCUGUCUACCUGGAUGUCCUGGGCUAGGGGGCUGGCCCAGGGGCUGGGAGUGGUUAGCCGGAAUAUGGGGGCCUGCCCUCAGCAUCCUCCAUAGCUCCCAGCAGCCCCAGGGUGAUCUCAAAGCAUCUAACUCACCCUCAGCAUGCGGGAGGGGACAGGUGGGGGCUGGGAGUAGAAGAUGCUCCUGCUUCUCUAGGCAAGGUUCCGUCAUAGCAAUUAUAUUUAUUAUCCCUUG